GCAGUCUCUAUAAUAGAGUCAGCCAGUAGCACGCGGUUUGAAAGAGAAAAAGAAAGCGCAAAAGACCGCAUGCUGACCAGGUUGAUCGUAUAGGUAUUGAAGGCAAGCGCGCGAUCUUUCGCCCGCGCGCGCUCCUAUGCGAGAGACAGAGAGAAGCGAGGAAGAAUGUGAUCGUCGAUUUCCAUAGCAUGCAGAGAAACAGCAAAACGGCAUCUUUUCAAUUUUCUGUUUUUAUACUUUUCUUCUUGCCUGACGUCGUCAAUGAACUUGGCGUAAAUAAAAUAUCUCCCGGUGGCCAGUCGCUUGUUGAACUUGAACCAGAAAGCAACGUACCGGAGGAUAGCUACUGAAUUGAACUGACGGAACCCGGAAUCGAUCUUAAGCAUGUUGAGGACAUUAGUUCUUUUAUUACUGGGUUCAGCCGUCUUAGCCGGGCCAGUGAUCCCCAAAGAUCGUAGAUUGAACAGAAGUGAGGAUAAUGCCGUGGAAAAUAGUAGUGUGGCAGAACAUGGAACUGCAGUUACGGAAGCAGCGGUCUUAAACGAGGCUUCGGAGUCUUCGAGUACUGCAGCCAAUUCGGAGGCUUCUUCAACGGAAGCAAAGCCAAGUCAGAGUUCUACUGCUGCACCUCCGACUACGAUGGGUCUUUUGCCAACUAACAAACCCCGUAAAACCAUCACUUUCGAUCAACGACAGGAAGGAAAAUUCAACAUCCGGGCGGAUUUGGAGAACUUUGUAAUUGUCGUCGUACCAUCUUCUCCUUCUGCUGGUGUGUCAUUGUUGGAUCUUUUGAACCGUGCUGGUCACAAAAAUCACCAGAAGAAAAAAUCCGGUCACCGUAAGAACACGAAAAAUCACGGCUCGCAGAAGAAGUCUUCUCACGUAACUCCAGAAGUGGUAGUUCUGGAUGAGUCUCAAACACAUGCCAGAGUUGCCAACGAAGAGUUCAUCGAGGGUCGAACACCUUACAGAGUCGAUAUCUCUAGUUCUGCCCGCAGCAGCAAUUUCAAUCAACCUUCCCCGAUCUACCGUGUCUAUCGGCCCAACAGUUUCCAUGUUGAGCAACCAACCUCCUCUAACUUGGUCCAUUUUCCAGAGUCUUCAGCCUAGAAUAUCCGCGGUCGGACGUCGACAUGAUGAAACUGCAACUGCAGGAGGACAACGAACGGGAUGGCGCAGGUGGAGCCGACUGGGAACUUAAGCUUCUCGGUGCCCAGGAGCAGUGUGGCCCCGAUCGCAAGCGUGACAGUUACGGCGUAUGUCAAUUUGUAACGCCGUAGGGCGCAUCGUCGUUUCGCUUGCGCAACAUCUAGUAAUUAAGCCUUAUUUAUUAGCCAGGUGCGAUCAAACGCAAUUAAUUUAUUGUCAAACACAUUUUAAGUGCCAAAUAAAAUAAUACAAGACUACAAUUCCA